UCACCAUCUGCAUUUCCCGCCAGUCCAUCUUCCUCACCCAUCACAUCCAUCAUGUUUGCUGCCAGGAACGCUUUCGCCCAGGCCCAGCGCCGCGCUUUCUCUGCGUCGGCCCGCCAGUCCUCCAAGGUCACCGUCCUCGGUGCCGCCGGUGGCAUUGGCCAGCCGCUCUCGCUGCUCCUGAAGCUCAACCCCCGCGUCACCCAGCUCUCGCUCUACGACAUCCGCCUCGCGCCCGGCGUCGCUGCCGACAUUGGCCACAUCAACACCAAGAGCGAGGUCCGCGGCCACGAUGCCACGCCCUCCGGCCUUGCCGAGGCGCUCAAGGGCGCUGAGAUCGUUGUCAUCCCCGCCGGUGUCCCCCGCAAGCCCGGCAUGACCCGUGACGACCUCUUCAACACCAACGCGUCCAUCGUCCGCGACCUCGCCAAGGCCGCCGCUGAGCACGCCCCCGAGGCCAACAUCCUCAUCAUCUCCAACCCGGUCAACUCCACCGUCCCCAUCACCGCUGAGGUCUUCAAGGCCAAGGGCGUCUACAACCCCAAGCGCCUGUUCGGUGUCACCACCCUCGACGUCGUCCGCGCCUCCCGCUUCAUCUCCCAGCUGAAGAACAACGACCCCGCCAGCGAGAACAUCACCGUCGUCGGUGGCCACUCCGGCGCGACCAUUGUCCCGCUGCUGUCCCAGUCCGGCUACAACCUGACCGGCGAGCAGCUCGACGCCUACGUCAAGCGCGUCCAGUUCGGCGGCGACGAGGUUGUCCAGGCCAAGGACGGUGCUGGUUCCGCCACCCUCUCCAUGGCCAUGGCCGGUGCCCGCUUCACCGAGUCGCUCCUCAAGGCUGCCCAGGGCCAGAAGAACGUCAUCGAGCCCACCUUUGUCGACUCGCCCCUGUACAAGGACCAGGGCGUUGAGUACUUUGCGUCCAACGUCGAGCUCGGCCCCAACGGUGUCGAGAAGAUCCACCCCGUCGGCAAGAUCACCGAGUACGAGCAGAAGCUCCUCGAUGCCUGCCUUGCGGACCUCAAGGGCAACAUCAACAAGGGUGUCAAGUUUGCCGCCGAGAACCCGUAAGCGCAGCACCGACGGGCGGCCGGGGCGAAAAGUUGUGUACACUAGUAAUGAAUGUCAUGCGUCACGGAAACUGGACGGUUGGUUUUGCGUGGAUGCCGUUUCAGCGUGCACCGAGCGGGCUAUGUAGAUUUCUGUACUGCCCAAUUUCAUGACUCUUCAAUUUACAGACCUUGAAUAAGUGAAGAACCACGAAAGUGAGGAACCACGAAAGUGAGGAACCACGAGACUGAAGAACCACGCCAAGCCGUGGACACAGCAUC